UCAUGAUGGACAUCAAAGGAGGAAUUUCAGAAAAAAACUCCCCCAGUUUAUCAGUCCAUGACAAUCGGUGAAAUAACGUAUAGACAUUGCCAUAGUAUUAACAUCAGACAAACUGGAAGUAACGGAUACAUCUCGGACAUAUUCUCAGAAUGGACUUCAUGCAAAUAACGAGUCAUCAAGAUGUGAAAUUAACCUAGAAAAAAUACCGAGUGAGGCCAACGACAUCAUGUUGGUCAGGAAAAGAGAUGGGACCUCACACAGCACAAGUCGUGCUAAAGUUACCCAUGCUGUUGUGGUCAUCUUCCUGGAGUUCUUCGCGUGGGGGCUGUUGACAACACCAAUGCUGACCGUUCUCCAUGAAACCUUUCCCCAGCACACCUUCUUGAUGAACGGUCUGGUUCAAGGCGUGAAGGGCCUGCUGUCAUUUCUGAGCGCCCCUCUGAUUGGUGCUCUGUCGGAUGUGUGGGGCAGGAAGUCUUUCCUGCUGAUGACCGUGUUCUUCACCUGCGCUCCCAUCCCCCUCAUGAGGAUCAGCCCAUGGUGGUAUUUCGCGCUGAUCUCCGUUUCCGGAGUGUUCUCCGUCACGUUCUCGGUGAUCUUCGCCUACGUGGCUGACAUCACAGAGGAGCACGAACGCAGCACAGCCUACGGACUGGUGUCGGCGACGUUCGCGGCUAGCCUGGUGACGAGCCCGGCCAUCGGGGCGUACCUGUCGGCAAGCUACGGCGACAGCCUGGUGGUGCUGCUGGCCACCAUCAUUGCCGUGGCCGACAUCGCCUUUGUCUUCUUCAUCGUCCCCGAGUCGCUCCCGGACAAGAUGAGGCUGAGCACAUGGGGAAAGGCCAUCUCCUGGGAGCAGGCCGACCCCUUCGCUUCUCUGCGGCGCGUGGGGAAGGACUCUACAGUGCUGCUGAUCUGUGUUACUGUGUUCCUGUCCUACCUGCCCGAGGCAGGACAAUACUCCAGCUUCUUUCUCUACUUGAGACAGGUCAUUGACUUUUCUCCAGCUGCCAUCACUGCCUUUAUCGCCAUGGUGGGAAUCCUGUCUAUUGUGGCUCAGACUCUGUUCCUGAGUAUCCUGAUGAGAACCAUUGGGAACAAGAACACGGUUCUGCUAGGCCUGGGCUUCCAGCUGUUCCAGCUCGCCUGGUACGGGUUUGGAUCUGAACCAUGGAUGAUGUGGGCUGCAGGCACAGUGGCAGCCAUGUCCAGCAUCACCUUCCCAGCGGUCAGUGCUCUCGUCUCCCGCAGCGCAUCCCCAGAGCAGCAGGGCGUGGUGCAGGGCAUGGUCACAGGCAUCAGAGGCCUGUGUAACGGCCUGGGCCCGGCUCUCUACGGCUUCAUCUUCUUCCUCUUCAACGUGGAGCUGAACGAGCUGAACCCUGUGGGAGGGGGGGAUGCUCGCCAGGGCGCCACCAUCGAGAAGUCAGCCAUCCCCGGCCCGCCCUUCCUGUUCGGGGCGUGUGCCGUGCUGCUGGCUCUGCUGGUGGCCAUCUUCAUCCCCGAGCACCACAACCUGGACGUCAAGACCUGCUCGGUCCGCAAGAACCACUCUGGCCCCCCUCACCCACAGGGUUCCGCCCCCCUGGCCACGCCCACCAGCGACGAGGACAUUGAGCCCCUCCUGCAAGACAGCAGCAUGUGAUGGGCACUCAAGGCUUCCAAUUAGACCACCCCUCGCCCACCUGCAGGUCCCGCCCCCCUCCCGCCACUCUGCGGCCUUUGCAGAUCACAGGCAGCUGGCAAGGGAGGGUGACUUGUCUGCUCUGCGUUUUACAGAGACAACUUAAUUGUAUUGUUUAGAAUCCUUCCAAUCACAGACACCAAGAGAGAAAGAAAGGCGGGGAGAGAGAGAGAAAGUAAAAGUGGUUGUUUUGAAGUUUGAAUCAUUUUUUUAUGCACUUGGCUGUCACUCAAUGGUCCCAAUCACAACUCGAUCCAUAUGACACCCCCGGCCCUCGAUCACAGUGAGGUCUGGGAGGGAGAGGAGACAUCCCAAGAGUGGGUGUGGUACUGGGCGUCUGUGUGCUCCAAUGUCAAGCGAUUGCCAAGACAAUGUUUGUAGAUUGAAAGAGAUUGAUGCCUCCGGCCUGGCUGGUUACUCACGUGUUUACUGAGCGAGGAUUUUUCUCUCCAAGGCCAAUAGUAUCCUUUUCAUUAUAGCUUUAUUUGAAAUUUGAACACCAUGACCUGUGUCAAUUAAGUUACUGUGCAAUGAAUCCUGUUACGUAAACGGAUAGUUGUAGUUAGGAUAAGUCUAUAAGCUGAGUUGACUAUACAGUUUAACAGCUUUCACAGAGGUGAGGCAUUUGAUUUUUAGCAAAUCUCUGUGCCAUUGUUAAUUUUUACAUAGUCGUUUCUGCCUUUCAGCUGUGUCAGUCCCUGUAAAGGAACAUUUCAUCAAUAUAAAAGCCAGUUUUGGGCUAUGAAUUGCCAAAUAGACUGUUGGAAUUGGCAUUGAUCUUUGUGGUGCUGUAUUUAAAUUGGUGUGAUGUUCCUUUGAAUUGGCACAGUGACGCUUCUUGUGACCUGAAUGUGUGACGCCUCCAGUACCAUAACAUUCCAAACAAGCCAACCCCCAAUCUUCACAAACUCCUGACUGGCUGGGAUCAACUCAGUCGCUCAGAAUCUCUUUUCUCCUCCAUGCUGGAGAUGAACUGAACUCCAUGUUAGGAAAACAAAUGCACUGCAUGGGUCACUUAUCUCUGAGGAGGAAUGAGAAGCUGAACCAAGUCUGAGUUUAAACUGAGUUUCUGCCCACGGUCCUUUGGCGUAUUUCUGCUACCUCAAAUGUUUAUCUCUGCAUACAACGGGUCAACAAGCAAACCUAUGCCCCAAAUUUGGCUUCAACAACAGCUAGCACAUGCCAAUCAGUUUAUACGACCACUUACGUGACUGUUCCUUACAGUACUUCUGAGUGUUAUCGGCCACACUUUCUAAAAGCUGAGGUGUGUGUGUUGAAAUGACGGUGGACACACACACAGCCCUCAGCGUUUUAUGGUGUCGAUGUGACACAUUAGGAUUCAACUGUCGUCCUGGGUAUUUGACAGGACCCUAGCGAUUAGACCUGGUUUAAUACCUGGGUUUAGUAUUGGUGUGUUUCGUCUGUGGGAUGUGGGUUCGACUCAGCGCCCACACCUGACAGGAACAGCCCUCUGUCUGGUCUCGCCAUCUCAUUGCUUUUACUUAAUUCUCUUUUCUUACAAUUAUGCUUUCUUAAAGAGAUAAUUGAUGUCAGAAACUGAAUACAAGCUCUAUUUUUGUAUACAAUCGUAGCUGACCCGUAAGAGUAGAUGGAUGUCCUGUAUUCACUGUAUAAUAGAGAUAUUGAUGUACUGUACCCCUUCUGUCAGCUGUUUUGACCCGAACAUACAACAUAUCACUGCACCGGUUGUAGUAUGAAACCUUCUAUAGCUGUAGACAAGAAUCUUUUGAAACUUUUAUAAAGCAGCACUUGCUCUGUUUGAAGAUCCAGGCUAUUUUAUUUAGCCGCUAUAAUCGAUAAAUGGAAGUAAAAAAAUACAAAUAAAAAAUCAGUUAUGCAGUUGAUAGAUAUCCACGUAGAAUAUACAUACAGUCAUCUACUUGACUCUUGCAGUGUACAUGCAUUCAUUGCUAAAUACUGCACCUUAAUUUUAAUGAAACGUGUGCCUAAAAUUAUCAUGUUAAUACUUUGAGCAGUUACUGAUGUCUUUUUUUAAAUGACGUUGAAUGAUGUCUAUAUGGGUUGUGCAUUUGUAAUUCCUUUUAUCUUUAAACUUUAAUUUUGAAUAAUAUCAACCGUAUUAAUAAAUAAUAAAGAGAAAUGUAUGUAAUUUAA